AUGAUUGAAGACCUCCUACAACUUGGCCUUGUCUAUCACACAAUCAAGUGUGCCGUCGAUGAUAUCUCGCCCACUUUUGACUUCAGAGGUAACUUGCCAUUGCCAUACCGCUCGGUUAGCGGCGAAGAGAGAGACGAGCCAUUGUCGGCAUCCGAAAUAGACAAGUGGCGGAGCCAAUAUGCACCAUUAGAUGAAGUGAAAUCUACCUACAGGCUUAUGUAUUUGCUCGGUAUUGGUCAUUCGGAAGAGGAGGCAACAGUUCUCUCGGAAAUUAAUGAGUCAGAUCUGGACUUUGCACUUCACAGAGAAAAGUACCCUGGAGAUUCGCUCUCUUUCAAGAAAAUCAAGCUUUGUGGCGAAUUACCUGCUCAACGAUUUUCCUCCUGGGAUGAAGGAAAAGAGUUCCUCAGACAUGAGCACCCGAAGCAGAUAAGCUAUAUGGAAUCUAUCAGUGGAAAUUGA